CCGUCCCAGACAGCCGAAGUGGGCUUUUGCUAGUUCUGCUUCCGAUACUGUGGCAACUGUGCGUUUUCUUUCUCCUUGCCAGAUGAAGCAGCCGACGUCCAAGCUCCAUUAGGCCUAGGCGGCGCAGCCGCAGCGAAGGCAACCGUCCGCAGGGCACACACCCUCCUCAAACUACCCUCCCUCCGCCUCACCAGUCACCAACUCCAAUCCCGCAGCGCGGUCUCCGGCUAUCUGGGAGCCCAGCCCCUUCCGCUCCGACGAACCCAAACGGCAUAUGGUAAGCAGAGAGUGAGAUACUACGUACCGUUGCCAGAAUGGAUGAGAGUAGUGAGAAAAUCCAAUUUUCAUGGGGGAAGCGUAGAGGAAAAGGUGGUGCCAAGAUGGAUACACAGUUUUAUGACUCCUUCACAUUUGACAAUGUGAAGUAUUCAUUGUAUGACUGCGUGUAUCUUUUUAAGAGUGGUGAUCCUGAACCAUAUAUUGGAAAAAUAGUGAAGAUUUGGGAGCAAAAUCAAGCUAAGAAAGUAAAAAUUCUUUGGUUUUUCCUCCCUGAUGAGAUCCAGAAGUAUUUAGGAGGCCCUGUGAUGGAAAAGGAGAUUUUUCUCGCUUCCGGUGAUGGUAUCGGGCUUGCAGAUAUCAACCCACUGGAAGCUAUUGCUGGCAAAUGUACUGUUAUAUGCAUUUCAAAGGAUGAGAGGAAUCGUCAACCUUCCCCAUCGGAACAAGCAAUGGCUGAUUAUAUUUUCUAUAGGUUCUUUGAUGUUAGAAAUUGCACACUUUCUGAUCAGCUACCUGACAAAAUCACAGGGCUGGAAGUUAAUCUUCUGCUUAAUCCAAAAGAUGAGCAAGUCACAUCCAUUCGUGGUGCAACUAAUGUGGAUGAAGGUUUGAUUCCCACAGUUCCCCCUCCCCAGUCAGCGGUUAAGGAGGAGGAUGAAAGUCCGGUUGCUGCAGCUCCCCUUUCUCAGCCAGCAGUUAUGGAGGAGGAUAAAAUUCCGGUUGCUGCAGUUUCCCUUUCCCAAUCAGUGGUCAAGGAGGAUCAGAAACCAGUUGCUGCCAGUCCCCUUUCCCCGUCAGUGGUCAAGAAGGAAUAUCAGAAACCACCUGUUGCCAUUCCCCUUUCGCAGUCAGUGAUUAAGGAGGAUGAGAAACCAGUUGCUUCCACUCCUCUUCCCUUGUCAGCAGUUAUGGAGAACAUUCCCAAACAUACACAUAAUGCUCCCUCUGGGGAGAGGCCUCCAAAGAAGCUGAAAUUGCCCCAAGAAGUUACAGUUCAGAACAUGCCCCCAGCUGUUCCUGACAAAAGACCUUCGGAACUAACAUCAAGACAAACUGACAGAAGCAGGUGGUUCAAAAUUCCAUGGGAUGACAGGCUACGGAUUGCUGAUGAGCAGGGGACACUAGUAUAUAUUCAAAAUCUUGAUAUUCAGUUUGGAGCUGCUGACAUAGAGGAGCUCAUUCACGAGGCAUUACAGCUAAAUUGCAUUGCAAAGCCCAUUAACCACCCCACUUAUGAUGAUCCAAACAAUGGAAAAGCAUAUGCUAUAUUCAGAACUAAAAGUGCUGCUGACAGAGCUAUUUCAGAAAUCAAUUCAGGCUUGGUAGUGGGUGGAAGACCUCUUUACUGCAGCAAAGGGUUACUCAAGGUUCCAAAACCUGCAGGAACUCUUGUUGGCCACUUGUCCAUGUAUAAUAUUAAAAUUACUCAGAAGCAGCGAGAAGAGCAGAAGAAGGCUGUAUCAACCUCACAUUGUUCUCAACCCAACACAAUUGAGUAUGACUUGGCGUUGGACUGGAUGCUUGCCCGAGAAAAGCAAGAGAGAAAAUUUAGGAUACUUCACAAGUGGCAUAAAGAUGGCAGGAAGGCGUUCGCAAGUAUGGGCAGUAAGAAUACAAAGAUAGGGAAGUAGGAGGCUGUUUUUUUCGUGCAAUAUCAGAUGCACUUCUUAAUUAUCAUCAAUCAGAGCUUGGUGCGUCAUUCCCAGAAGCACCAUGUAUCUGCAAGCACUUCUUAAUUAUCAUCAAUCAGAGCUUGGUGCGUCAUUCCCUGAAGCACCUUGUAUCUGCAAAUUCUUUUCUCCGUGGAAGAGGGUUGUGCACAGAAGGCCUAUGUUUCGGUUCCAGUCAUUGACAUUGGGGGGACUAACUGCACCGCGUCGUGACUGCUGAUGUUUAUUCAUGUUAGGAAUGGAAAGGGAAAACAACCUCAGGACAUAGCUUUAGAAAAUCAGAGUAGCUCUAGGCAGAAGUAGCUCCUCGCAGCAAAUUUGGUAGCGCUAGGUUAAUGUAUGCUAAUAUCCUUACCGGUUGAAGGUAUGUCAGGGUACCAGUGAUGCGCAUCUCAUCUGCUGCACCUUGGGUGGCAAUUUAUGGUAUGCAUAUAUUUUCAAGUGUGUGGCUUGGUUAUCCCAUUCAUGGGCUUGUUUAUAAGGCUUCAGUGCCGGUUUA